AUGAGUGACGAGGAUGUGCUCUUUGAUAACACUUACGAGCUGUGCGAAAUAAUUGGCAAUUCGCUUUUGUCAUUAAGGGGCCCAUUUAGUGUUGUUCGUCGGUGCGUUCAUCACGAAAGUGGGCAAUCAUUUGCCGUUAAAAUAAUAGAUAUUACCAAAUUUACUGGCAGUCCUGGUUUAUCUACUGCAGAUUUAAAGCGCGAAGCUAGCAUCUGCCACUUACUUAAACAUCCUAACAUUGUUGAACUCAUAGAGACAUACAGCAGUGAUGGGAUGUUGUAUAUGGUUUUCGAAUAG